AUGUCCAUUUCUGAUAUGCCCACCCCAGCUAUCGAGGAGGACUACAUAAUUAGUGGAAACUUAAACGGGCCAAUGUUGUACAAUUCCUUGAUGGGGGUGUAUACCGUAGUUUAUGGAAGCACAAUUUACGUGUAUAUGUCAAGGGCAGCGUCAAAUACACGCCGAUGUAUAGUUUUGACCACAAUCUCGGUGCUGUACCUUCUCGCACUCUGCAAUCUAAUACUCAAUUGGUACUUCCUCGACCAAUCGCUUGUAAAAGAUGGCGAUACCCGCGAUACCACGUUUGCCUCGAUGCUAUCUACACCGUUAUGGUUCAAUGCAAUGUUUGCGUUUUUACAAAAUAUGUCCAUUGUGAUUUCAGACGGACUCUUGAUUUGGCGAUGUUAUUAUGUGUGGGGACGAUGUAUAAAAGUUACAAGCAUUCUAUGUCUUCUUCUAGUCACCGAAUUCAUUCUCUCCGUCACGGACACAGUCUUCUACGGGCUAAGCAGUACCUACUCCAGCAUCUCAAACGCCGCCCUAUCUGAAAACAUCCUCAUCGCACUAACUUUCAUCUCAAUGGGUACCACCGUCUCCACAACCACUCUCAUCGGAUACAAAAUUCACACCACCUCAUUCCCCUCUACCUCGCCCUUACCCUUCAAGAGCGCCCGGAAACCAAUAUACACACGCUACGCGCGAAUCGUGUCCACCAUCGCCGAGUCCUCCGCGGUAUACUCUCUCGUUGUCGUGCUAUACGCAGUGACAGUCGUCGUCCCAGCGUUCUACUCCAUAACAUCCGUCUUUACCGAGGUAUCGUACUACAUCCAGGCGGUUCUCCUUAUUAUACCGGGGCUGGCGACAACAAUCAUGGUCCUCCGGCUUGCGCUCAAUAGUACGAGCAGCGCAGAUGCCUCAGACACCAUAACCCACAUCUCCGAAAUAAACUUCGACCAUUCUGAGCAAGACACCAUCGGAUACUCGGAUUAUAAUAGCAGCGGUGCCAGCAGCAGCAACCGUUGUACCUCUAAUAUCCUGGAUCCAAUAACUUUCUCCCAAAGCGCAUGCACCGGCAGUUUCGAUAGACACGCCCACUCGUUUGACGUGGCAAGGCAGGAUGAGGACGCACAUGAUAGUGAGGUAGCAUCACAAAGUUGGCUGUGA